CAUAUUUUAUUUUCUCUCUCGUUCUUUCAUGUAAUACGUUUACGAGGCAAGAUAGGCACUUGAAUUCCUGGGGAUUCAAGAUCUGUAGCAAAACCCCACCAAGGGGGUAAGGGUUGUGGUUGAUUUAGCAGUUAUAUGUGAGGGAAACUACAUUUAUUUAAGAACAUGGCCAUGGGAAAGUAUUCCAAACUUGAAGGGAGGAAGUCAUCAAGCUAUUGUUCAACUGUUACCAUAGUUGUGGUUGUUGCUCUUUUUCUAGUUGGGGUUUGGAUGUUGAUGUCUUCAUCUGUUAAUCAUGUUGAGAAGUCAGAUUUAUCGUCUCAGGAGACUACAGAUGGGGCAAGACAAAAUCUCCGGAAAAGCUUUUCUAAGCAGUUUGAAGACAACGUGGAUAGUCUCUCUGAAUCUGAGGAUACAAAAAAAGAUGACAAUGAUGAGCAGAGCAAAUAUUCUGAGAACAAUGCAGUUGAGGACAACAAAGAAGAGAAAUCAGAGACAAAGAGCAAUGAGUACAACAACGAAGAGAAAUUAGAGACAAACAGAAAUGAGGAAAACAAUGAAGAGAAAUCAGAGACUGUGAGCUUUGAGGAAAACAAUGAAGAGAAAUCAGAGAUAAAGAGCAAUGAGGACAACAAGGAAGAGAAAUUAGAGACAGAGAGCAGUGAGGAAAACAAUGAAGAGAAAUCAGAGACAGAGAGCAAUGAGGACAAUAAUGAAGAGAAAUCAGAGACAAAGCGCAAUGAGGAAAACGAUGAAGAGAAAUCAGAGACACAGAGCAAUGAGGAGAACAAUGAAGAGAAAUCAGAGACAGAGAACAAUGGUGAGAACAGAGAGUCUGAGAUUUCAGCAAAUGAAAAACAGGACGACAGUCAUUUGAAGGAGAGUACUGAUGAGAGAUCUGAAUCUGAAGAGGAACAGAAGAAGGAAGGGGAAAGUGAUGGAAAUAGGGAAGAUGGGGAUUCAAAUUCAGAAGCUAGAGAAAUAAAGGAAGAAGGAGGUGAAAUGAAUAAAAAUGAGCGCACUGAGUCUGAUGAGAGCUCGGGUGAAAACAGAUCUGACUCUGCUGAGGGUGAGAAGAUUUCUAAGGACCAAGAUGCUGGUGAAAAUAACAAAGGAAGUCAGGAUAAUGAUCAGGCUUCAAAUGAGGUUCCCCCUAAUGGUGGUCAGUCAGAAAUUUUGAGUGAGUCUACCAGUCAAAAUGGAGCUUGGUCAACUCAAGCAGUAGAAUCAGAGAAGGAGAAUUCACAGCAAUCUUCAGUAUCUGAGGGCCAAAAGGAAUAUAAUUGGAAAGUUUGUAAGACCACAGCUGGGCCAGACUACAUUCCUUGCCUUGACAAUUGGCAAGCUAUUCGGAAACUUCCAACUACAAGCCACUAUGAACAUAGAGAGAGGCACUGCCCUUAUGAACCCCCAACCUGUCUUGUUCCCCUACCUGAAGGAUAUAGGCGUUCUGUAAAGUGGCCUAAAAGUAGGGAUAAGGUCUGGUACAAUAAUGUUCCCCACACCAAGCUUGCAGAAGUUAAGGGGCAUCAAAAUUGGGUGAAAGUUUCCGGUGAAUACCUUACUUUUCCUGGUGGUGGAACUCAGUUUACUCAUGGUGCUCUUCAUUACGUUGAUUUCAUUCAAAAUUCUGUUCCUGAAAUUGCCUGGGGGAAAAGAAGCCGUGUGAUACUCGAUGUUGGGUGUGGGGUGGCUAGUUUUGGAGGUUAUCUUUUUGAAAGAGAUGUUCUUGCAAUGUCAUUUGCUCCUAAAGAUGAGCAUGAAGCUCAAGUACAGUUUGCACUUGAACGGGGAAUCCCUGCCAUGUUAUCUGUUAUGGGCACCAAGAGGCUACCUUUCCCCAGCUCAAUAUUUGAUCUUGUUCACUGUGCACGUUGCAGAGUUCCUUGGCAUAUUGAAGGUGGCAAACUUCUCUUGGAGCUCAAUCGUGUGUUACGACCGGGUGGUUACUUUGUUUGGUCUGCUACUCCAGUUUACCGGAAGCUUCCAGAAGAUGCUGGCAUUUGGAAAGAGAUGUCCAGGCUAACUAAGAAAAUGUGCUGGGAUAUGGUUUCAAUUCAAAAGGACAAACUGAAUGGUAUUGGUGCUGCAAUAUACCGAAAACCAACUUCUAAUGAGUGUUAUGACAAAAGGAAUCAAAAUGAUCCUCCACUUUGUGAAGAAUUCGAUGACCCCAAUGCUGCCUGGAAUGUACCUCUUCAGGCAUGCAUGCAUAGAGUGCCGGUAGAUGCAUCAGCACGUGGAUCACAUUUGCCUGAGCAAUGGCCACAACGGCUGGAGGAGCCUCCUUACUGGUUAAAUUCUCAGGAUGGUGUUUAUGGCAAAGCAGCUCCAGAGGAUUUUGUUGCAGACUACAACCACUGGAAAGCUGUUGUCUCCAAGUCAUAUUUGAGUGGGAUUGGAAUCAACUGGUCUUCCGUUAGAAAUGUCAUGGAUAUGAGAGCCGUAUAUGGAGGGUUUGCUGCGGCCUUAAAAGAUUUGAAAGUGUGGGUCAUGAAUGUGGUUCCAAUAGAUUCUGCUGACACACUUCCAAUAAUCUACGAACGUGGCUUGUUUGGGAUAUAUCAUGACUGGUGUGAAUCAUUUAAUACAUAUCCCAGAUCUUAUGAUCUUCUCCAUGCCGACCAUCUAUUCUCCAGCAUCAGAAAGAGGUGCAAUUUAGUUCCAGUAUUUGCAGAAGUUGAUAGAAUUCUAAGACCAGAGGGAAAGUUGAUUGUACGGGACGAUGCAGCCACCAUAAGGGAGGUGACAAGAAUGGCUAACUCUCUAAACUGGGAGGUCCGGACAACUUAUUUAGAAAACAACGAGGGAUUUAUUUGCCUUCACAAGACAUAUUGGCGUCCCAAUGCAACGGAAACAGUAACAGCAGCUAUAGUUUGAAUCAACUAAAGUUCUAGCCAUACUGGGGGCAAUAACUUGUUAGGUAUAUGGUAUAUUCUUUUAUUACUCAUGCAUUUAAAAAUAUUUAGAAAAUAGUUUAAGUGUAAAAUUAUAGUUUUAUUAUUAAUUUAAACCCUAUUACCUCGAUUAUUAUCUUGGUGUACUUUUGAUUGUAAUAUCAGACCAUCAUAUUAUGGAAUGAAAAUUGAAGUCAUUC